GGAUCUGGACGACGCAAUUGGUCGAACACGACACGAAUGGCUCUCACGUUGACUGUGUUUACUUUCUUGGUUUUUGGAUUAGCUCAUGCAACUGAUAAAGAGCCACAUGAGCAACGGAAGAAUCCAGGAGAGAGUUGGCUCGAUACUGACUUCUACCCUACGUUUCACAACAAAGAAGCUAUCACGCCCGCACAGUCAGACAAUUCUAAAUCGGAACCGACUAAAUCUCAAGCGCCAUCGACGAAGGAUACGAAGCAACACGAAAUUUCAAAGCAAUGCGUGGGCGCGGAAGGAAUAUACACAUCCGGGUGUCCAUUGCUGAUGUCCCAUUACCGAAGAUAUGUUAGUGUUUUAGUAAAUAUGCUGGAUGAGAAACGUAUCGUCGCUGGAACGGAUUUUCUAAUUUACUGCAAUUUGGAAGAGACAAAAUUUCAGUUGCUCAAAAAUUUUUCUCGUGACCAACAUGUUGCAAUUCAAGAAGUGAAUCUCGUGCUCGAGAAGAUGAUCACAGACGUGAGCACGACCAGUGGUGAACACGUUCCACCGACAUUACUGUUUGGUUUCGAUAGAAUGACAUUGUUGGGAAUGCUGACAACAGUCGUGAUCUGCAUUGUGUCCAUUCUACUCUCCUUUUGGUUGAUUAUACAAAUCAGUCGUGUCCCUCUGCUACCUGUUUGGAAAUAUUUUGUUGGCUUUGUGUUUGUUGUUUUGAUAGCUAGCACUGUCAUCGAGUGGUUCCACCUCUAUCAGACGGCAGUCGCCGAGAAGAUGUCAACUCAAGCGAAAGACAUUCCACCAGAGUGUACUGCAGAAGGGGCCACGGGGUGGACGACUCUUGCCAGCUGGAUGAAGUCUACGUUCACUCUAUCUGAGGAUGCAUGUCUUAAGUAUUACCAAGCUGUUGCUAUCGAUCCAAUAGUAAGAUCGAACCCCACAAAAGCUCUGGUUAUUUCGUUCACUCAUGUCAUCGUGGAGCCGAUGAAGAUGAUAUUUAGUGGACUCGGUGUUGCAUUCCGAGGUCUUCUGCAGCCACUUCCUGUUCAGUGGCAACCUUUUGUCUUCAUCGUUGCUAUAUUAUUGCUUGUUUUGUUUCUCGUAAUGGUUAUGGGUUAUUCAGUCAGCUUACCAUUUUUGUUCAGUUUUGGACCAAAACAAAGGCCUCCAGCACUAACAGAUGGUAAAGAAAUGAAGGACAUGCUUCUUCAGCUGAAGGAACAAAUCACUGAGCAAAACUCACAAACUGCUCAACUACAGGAACAGAAUCGAGCACUCCAAGGGCAAAUACAAAGCCUGCAGGCCAUGAGACCGUUACUAGCGAUUAAGGAUACUGAACAUCCUGCGAACAAAAAUGCAGAAUUGCUGACACCCGUACAAGAAAGCCACCUGAAUAUUCCACCUGAGAAUGAUUUUGAUACGAAAGCAAAUGUUGUUGAUUCGAUUGGAGCUUCGGUGUCAGGGCAGUAACGGUCGACUACUC